AAUUUCGCGGUCACACUGCCUUUUUACAAAUAUACACAAAAAAUAAACAAAACAAACCACAAAUCGCUUCCUUUUCUGGCGACGCGACAAUGACCGACUUUGACUCUCGUCUAAUUAGGUUAAUACGCGGCAACCCCAAGCUCUUUGAGCGUGAAAUCCGCACCACGCCAUACGCAUUGAAGAGAAAGGACAAAGAGGAGCUGUGGCGCACCAUUGCGACAUCCCUGCAAACGGAUGUCAAAACAUGCACAACCCGUUGGGAGCACCUCAAGUCGAAACUGCACCAGGAAUUGGCCAAAGAAGCCGAGGGUGUCGGCUCCACUUGGAGCCUGCUGCCCAAAAUGCGAUUCCUGAAGCCAAGUGGCAUGGCUGUCAGAAGUCCCCACCCAUCGGAUGCACUUAUUGAGGAGGUGCACGACGAAGAGGAUACGCUGCAAGAGGCAAUGGACGAACAGUGCACGGGCGCCGUGGCAAGUGUUAGUGCCCAAAUUUCCUCCUCCCCAGCGCGCGCUUUAACCCCAGCCGAUACCAUGAAACGCGUCGGAGUCCUGCUAGAGGGGUUGGGCGAGGAAGAUUGCGUUAAGGCGGGAAAACGAAUCAUUGCGUACUUGUGCAAAUGCAAUCUGCGUGCCUUGGAGUGUAAACCAAUCGACGAUUUAGUUAUUUAGUUGAGAAAGGGAGCCCUAAACGAACUGAUUAGCUUUAGAUUUUGUUUGUAUUUAAGCUCUUCGCUGCUUCGGUGGGUGGUCCUGGGUGCUGGGUACUGGGCACACAAAAAUCGAAUUCAACCACGCCAAAAACUCCUACUAUGACGCAGUUCAGUUUGUGGAACUGGUCAAAGAGUGCGCGCGCAAGCAAUAACAUGUCCAAUAGCCCCAUGUCUGGAUCAGUCUGUGGUGUGGGGUGGUGGGGGUUCAGAAGGGGGUAUGCGCGACGACGCCAAAACAAGCAUUUAGUUUAUUAAUUUGAUGACUCCGCGAGCGCAGACCAUGCGAUAUUAGCGAAAACCAAAACCAAAGCAAAACGAACGAAGGCGCGUCGUCGUCGCUGUGCACCACCCUUAACUACUGUGUGUGUC